GAAGCGGUCCACCGCAAAGCUCUGCGGCAGACGUUCAUCGACAGCGUCCUCGAUACAGACAGACCACUCUUCACGAUGCUACCGUCAUCCCAAAUCGCCAGAGAGCUGGACGGUGCUCACACGGAUGUUCUCCUGCAAGCAUUCGCAGAUCGCAUUCUCGUCCUCAUCACGCAAAUUGGAAAAGUAGGCACAUUGAUUCAAGCGACCAUUCCAGCAACGACUGCCCUCGACCCUGCCCCACCGCCCGACCCAUCCGAACCCAAUGUCAUACCUCUCCCGCCACCACCUCCGGCGAUACAGCUAACACCGCUCCUGGGAAGUGCACCUUCGGAACACAUGCAGACGCUCCAUUCCCUGUACACAUCGCAGGUUGCCACCGUGAUAUGGACGGAGGAAGUUCAGGAGUUUAUGGAGGCAGAGCGGCGACCUAUAGUCGUGGGAUUGGCACUGCGCAAGUCCUCAGAGGCCGAAGGCUUGGGUCUGGCGGAAUACGAAAGGAAGGUAUUUUAUGGAGUCAUGGAGAUGGUUCGGGAGCUUGUUCAGCAGAAGUAAUAUCAGCUGGGGCCGGCGCACCUCAAGCCCGAGCGAUUCAUCAUUCCUUUUCCACUGCUGCGCGAAUGGCGUUCAUGUCCACGUCCUGCUCGCCGGACAUUAGCUUCCGUUCACGCUCCUGUCUCCACUUGUCCAGUUUCCACUGCAUGAGUGGUCCCAAGCGUUGGUCUUCCGGAAGGGCCGUGCGAGGGUUGCUCUCGUACAAGUAGUAGGCAAAUACACCAGUAAAGAUGCCAAGAAGAGGAUCGAGAGUCCUGAGCAACUUGUUAGCAUGUAGACCUUCGAAGUUGUGUGGUUCCGUACCGUGAAAGUAGGGGUGCCAUGUCAGAGUCGACGUUGAAGGAUG